AUUACAUUUCAAACGGCAAUAGUGAAGAACCCAGAAUAAUUAAAAUAGUCCUCUACAUGACGUGACAAUUGCCAUGAAUAAAAACCCCUUUUACCGGGACAUACAGAGGGAAUCUGAUGCUUUUGUAAAGUUCUUGAAAACAUCCGAAAAUGUGGAACAGAAAGAUAAUGCAGAAAACAAAGACGAGGCUGUCGACAAACAUAAAUCUGAACAUGAAGAUAAGACAUACCAUACAGACAUGUAUAAAAGGGAUGAAAUGCGGGCUAUAUAUGACUACAAGUUCGUUCCAAAAAGAAACGAACGAGUGGCUUUUCGCUAUGUUAUAAAAUAUUUAAAAGAUGUCAAGCUUGUUCACGAACUUGGUGACUACUUCUCCUUUGCUAAAGAUAUACAGGUAGUGUAUGAGAAGCUGAGUACCUCCGAUGAAUAUGAGAAGAUACUGGAGAAAUGGAGGACACAAUCGACAGAAAACCCUUAUUUUUGUCAGAAUUGUGGCAUUGACUGCCAAACGGAAAUCAAUCUUGAACAGCACACAAUGGGGAACAGACACAGGAUACACAAACUUCAAGCCGCUAUAUUUAACAAGAGCGAUGAACUUUUCAACAUUCCGAAAGGAGUUGUUCUGUUUUCAAAUCCGACUGUAGUCGAUGGCGGGAAAAUGCAGGUGCAGUGUCGACCUGGUGAGCGUUUGACCAUGACAAUAAACAUAGAAAACAACUGUAGAGAUGGUUCUAUCAUUGUCUUCACAAGGCAUAUAUUGCUUUGGGAUACAGGCAUGUUUGAACUCCGUGAUCGUAGGAAAGGCGGGCGUGUGUAUAGAAACUGCGAUAUUUAUCCAACAGAUGCGGUAUUUAAACACAAUCGAAAAAUUUACAAAGUGGCUAUCAACUGCAGUGCUCCAACCGAUUAUGGGGAACACUUUGUCCCAUUGGCUCUUUACUUUAAGAAGAAAACAAGUGCCGGAAAGAUUAUAGAGGAGGACGCAUGGGAACAGGACUUCGUGCUUCGACUUCUCUCAUUGCAUGUUUUAGGUGAUUUACAUGAGGAGCUGAAACCACGCGCACCGUUCGAGUAUCCGAAACGAAUCUCUGACAAGGAUAUUAAGGAAACAUUCCCUGGGAAAAAGAUCAAAGAGUUAAAAAAGAAUGCAUUGACCUCUGGAACCAAGUUGGCCCCAGCCCGUAUACCCGAUAAAAUAAGAAGAUACGUGCACAAGGAAAGCGCAGUCGCUAAAAGUAGACAUACGGAAACGACACAACGUAGCGAGCUAAGGUCUGUGCUGGACUGCAGUUUGUCUACUGAAACCUACAAGGAGAGAAUGAAGACACUGCUGUGGGUCGAAGAGAUACAGAUGGAGAUUGACAUCAAGAAUUAUGACCUGGUUGGGGUCACCAUGAUCUUAGACUGGAUAACACACAUGCUGAUCCUCGAGGUUCCAGGUUUAGCGGAACGAAGACCUUCACUAAUGAGGUGUGAUAAGAUCCAAAUCUUCAUCCAUGGAUUACUGACUGUGUGCUAUAUUGGCAUCGUACACAAGGUUGAAGAGACUAGGGUUCACCUAGGUGUUGAUGAAAGACUUGUUCAGCGGUGGGUAGAAAAUACACGGUUUGAUGUGAGGUUUAACUUUUCUCGGACGAACUUGUGGGUGCAACACAGAGCAGUGAGUAAGGGGUCGUUGGUAUGGGAUGUCCUAUUUCCUUCGGCAAGCUCAGCUUUUGAACAGGUCGAAUGUUUCACCGAGGUCAUGGAAACGGUUGAAGAACGGGAAUCCACGUGCUGCCAUUCCACACAAAGGACUAGCCCCGAUUCGAUGCCGAUGUAUCAACCAAAUAUGUCUAUCGACAAGCCCAUACUACAGGGCAAGCCGAAACCCAAAUUCACCAUAACGGCAGAAGCUCGAAGACAUACUAUUUUGGCACCAGUUCCACCAGUUCCUGAACCAAGCAGAGAACAUAUUCAACUGAAACCGUGGUACGAUAAAAAAUUGAACGAAGAGCAGCAGGUAGCAGUAAGCAAUAUCGUGCAGGGAACCAGCCGACCAGCGCCUUAUAUGAUAUUUGGUCCACCGGGGACGGGCAAAACUGUGACAGUCACUGAGGCCAUACGUCAAAUCUACCACUCGUCUCCGACGUCAAGGAUUCUUGUCUGCUGCCCGGAGAACACUGCCGCCGAUAUUGUCAUGUUGAAACUGAUCAGCAAGAGUUUAUCAGGAACGGUGCAAUUGAAAGACAUUUACAGACUGUGCGCCGUGUACAGACCGUUCGCCAGCAUACCCAGUGCCAUCAAGGACUCCAAGAUGUACAACUUUGACGACAAGGAGAGGGAUUUCUACUAUCCGGCGAAGUCUGAGCUGGAAAAAUACAGAAUUCUUAUUGUCACCCUUAGUACAAGUGGCAGACUGGUGUCAGCAUCUUUUGAGAAGAAUUUCUUCACGCAUAUCUUUAUAGACGAGGGCGCUCAUGCCAUAGAACCCGAGUGUAUAGUUCCUAUAACCGGACUCAUGGACGCCACAAAAAAGGACACAUGUCCCCAGCUGGUCAUUUCUGGCGACCCCAAACAACUGGGGCCCGUCCUUAGGUCUCGUUUCUCCCUCGAGUAUGGACAUGACUUGUCCAUAAUGGAGCGACUAAUGAGAGACUUUGAGGAAUACCAACGCAGAGACGACAAUACUUAUAAUGUUCGUUAUAUCACCAAACUAGUCCGUAACUACCGUUCCCAUGACGACAUAAUAAACAUUCCACGGCAACUGUUUUACGACAAAGAGCUCAUGGCAUGCGGAGAUGAGAUUCUCAACUCCAUGCUGGGAUGGGACGGUCUGCCCAACAAGAAGUUCCCAAUAAUUUUCCAUUCAGUGUUUGGAAAUGACGAACGGGAAGAGGAUAGUCCCUCUUUCUUCAAUAGAGAUGAGAUCGCACAAGUGGACAAAUUCUUGAACAAGCUGCUGAAGGAGGAGGAGGAGGGGAUAAAUAUCACACAGUCAGACAUUGGCAUCAUUUCUCCGUAUAGGAAACAGGUUCAAAAAGUGCGACAAAUGAUAAGCAGGAAGAAAUACAAUGAGAAGAAAGGGGAUAUAAUGGUGGGGUCAGUGGAGGAAUUUCAAGGUCAAGAGUUCAAGGUCAUUAUUAUUUCCACUGUCAGGAGCAACAAGAGCUUGGCGUAUCGGGAUAUUGAUCUUCAAUUUAACCUUGGCUUCUUGAGGAAUCCCAAGCGAUUUAAUGUUGCCAUAACAAGAGCAAGGGCGUUGCUCAUCGUUGUUGGUAACCCGAUCACAUUGGAGCAAGAUCCCCACUGGAAGAGUUUCAUCGACUUCUGCGAUAGGAACGGAGGGUUUUGUGGACCACGGGGUCAGUUCUCCAAGAGAAAAGGUGGGAGCGCCCAAACCGAGGCUUCAAAGUCUGCAAAAUAGAUCAAAGGUGAGAUGGACGAGGUAGGAGCCAGCUAUGUGGCUCUGACCGAAGACCCCGAACGGCCUGCGAAUAAUUAGAAGUGAUAUCUCAAUUCGUGAGAUAUAUUCCAGAUGAAAGCUGCAUCAUUACUUCCAUGUUCAUUCAAUGUUUCUUUACAUGAGUGUAAAAUAUCGAACGAUUUAAGGGUGUACUCACGUGCUUAUCUGCACUAUUGCAAAGAAAUCUCUUUUUUAGUAUGUAUGUCGUAAUCUUUAGCAGAUUUUGUCGUUUUGUUUUUUGUAAAAAUGAUUAUAUUCAUAAAUAUGUAAUUGCACCAAAAUCCUUCUAAAUGUUCAAACAUAAAUUGAGCACAUUCGUUAUAUAGGUGCAGAACGGCAACUGUUUUAACACAUAAAAUUAAAUACAAUUAUUGCAAGGAAUUGAAUUUGUAAACACAGUUUAUAUUUUUCUGCAUAUUUCAUGCCAGUUAAAGAAAAAAAAAACUAAAUAAUAUUUUUGUUUUUUUAUCAAGUUCGAUAUUUUCAAUGAGAACAUUUUGAUCAAAAAGCUCGAUAACGGCUUCUAUCUUCCGAUAGAGUUUUUGAAAGAAAAAACAUAAUUUUAGAAGCUUAUUUGUUCAUGAAAUCUUUAAAAAUAGUGCAUUGAAUUUGGAAUAUGUGAAUCCCUAAUACAUUCAAAACAAAACCUUUUUAAUUUGGUAUUUUUGUUAUGUCUGCUUACUCGUGUAGAAAUAUGACAGACGUGUUUUUAACGUGCAAAAGCACAAGAACAAGCCCAGAUGCUGGCUUUCUUUUAAAUGUGUGUUUAUAUUUGUAUAAACGUCAUAUGUUGUGACCAUUAUUCAGGAACCAUACUAAGAUAUUUAUAAGUCAAGCUUUAGGAAGCAAGUUCAAUCUUACAUGCACAAUUUCGCCGGUAUUCUUUUUUUUCUGGUUUUCUGUUGUUUUUUUCCCAAAAUAUUCGUUCAUACAAACAAUUAUAUAUGAAGGGUACCCGGGAGAGAGGGUACCUGUGAUAUAAACAAUCAAUAGCAAAGAGGUAUCCCGUGCCGCUGCAAACCCGAAAGUAGGGUGUUUUUAUGAAUUUACCACAUAAUUUAGACUGUUAAUUGCCAUUCGUAUGAAUAUGAUAUAUAAAUGAAUACAUGUAAUAUGUAUGGUGUGUACAUAAUCAAACCAGUGGUUCAUUUAAGCCCGCAGAACAUGCAGAGGCGGUGGGCGAGGCAAGACAUAUCAAUAUUGUGUAGCUUAUUGUGGAGUUGCAGUAAUUGAAAAAUGGGCACAUAACUUAAUAAGACAUAGCUAUAACAUUCUAUUGUUUCGUGGUACACUUCUUUUGCACAUGACAUACCUCCUUUCAUCAGUUGAAUGAACAUUUACUGGCUUGUUGUCCAUCGCCGAUUUGUUUUCAGCAGAGAAUGACCGGGGCAUGUGCAAAGAGGGUAUCGUUUCAGUAGAUUUCGCAAAGAGGGUACCGAUGUGGAUAUGCACCGUGACUCAUGUGAAUACUAUUUAUAAAUACAGCAGAUCUAGGUAAGGGCUUAUGUUCGCUUAUAAGCGCAAAAUCAACAUUAUAUUUAUCUAACAUAUUUGCUAGAGGGAACGCAG